AUGCAUGUUUGGGACAAGGAGAUUCUUAAGGCGCCACAGAAGCGUCUCAAAGAGCUAAAGGCGGAGUUGGAAAUGCUGAGCGCCAACGGGGCGGGCGGCUUAACGGGUGCGGGCGCCGGCCCGACUGGGCGCGCCGCGGCUGCACGCGCGCGCGCAGAGGCGCCGGGGGCAUGCCCAGCGUGGCCGGCGAGAGAGCAGGGGCAGGCGGAGGCUGGCACCGGCGCGCGGGCGCGCGGGCCUGCAGGCGUCAACGGAGGCGAGCCCGGCGGCAGGGAAGCUGGCCACGGGCGAGCGGGUGACGAGCGGCUGUGGCGCGAGGCCAGGCGGGACGAUAGCCCGGGCGGCAGAGGAGCAGAGCAGCAGAGCGGGGCCGUGCAGCGUGGGGCGCCGUCGAGCGCGGCGGCCAGCCGCAGCAGCGGCGACGGGGAUAGCCACGGCGGGCACAGAGGCGGGGCGAGGGGCGUGGCCCCGAGCGGCGUGCGCGGGUGCGGGACGGCGAGCAGCGGGCGCGCGGGACCUGGCGGUGAGCGCGGCGGUGUAGUGCAGCAGGGGAGACAGGAGGAGGAGAGGGGCGCGUGCUCACAGCGGGGAGUAGGGACGGGGCAGUGGGGGUCGGGGUGGUCGACGGGGACGACGCGGCGGAGCAGGAGGCAGGCCAGUGGGGAGUGGCCCAGCGCCAACGGGGCGGGCGGCUUAACGGUUGCGGGCGCCGGCCCGACUGGGCGCUGGCCCUGGCCAGCCGCGGCUGCACGCGCGCGCGCGGAGGCGCCAGGGGCAUGCCCAGCGUGGCCGGUGAGAGAGCAGGGGCAGGCGGAGGCUGGCACCGGCGCGCGGGCGCGCGGGCCUGCAGGCGUCAACGGAGGCGAGCCCGGCGGCGGGGAAGCAGGCCACGGGCGAGCGGGCGACGAGCGGCUGUGGCGCGAGGCAAGGCGGGGCGAUGGCGCGGGUGGCAAAGGAGCAGAGCAGCGGAGCGGGGCCGCGCAGCGUCGGGCGCCGUCGAGCGCGGCGGCCAGCCGCAGCAGCGGCGACAGGGAUAGCCGCAGCGGGGACAGAGGUGAGGCGAGGGGCGUGGCCCCGAGCGGCGUGCGCGGGUGCGGGACGGCGAGCAGCGGGCGCGUGGGACCUGGCGGUGAGCGCGGCAGUGCAGUGCAGCAGGGGAGACAGGAGGAGGAGAGGGGCGCGUGCUCACAGCGGGGAGUAGGGACGGGGCAGUGGGGGUCGGGGUGGUCGACGGGGACGACGCGGCGGAGUGGGAGGCAGGCCAGUGGGGAGGAAAGUGACCACUCAGGUGGGUGUGGAGCGGUGGUCAGGGACAAUCGUGGAGGUUUCAUUGCAGCAACUACUGCCAACCUGCUGCAUGUCACAGAUGUGGUUUCGGCAGAAGCGGCGGCACUGCGCGAAGGUCUAAAGUUAUUGCAGAAUCUUGGGUGCAGCAACGUAAUGGUGAGGAUGGACAAUAUUGUUGUGGUGGAUUGCCUUCGGCUGAAUGAAGGUCAUGCUAUGGUGGCAGCUCCAAUCUUCGAAGAGUGUAGAAUUCUACUCAGGGACAAAGGGAAGGUGACUAUCGAGCAUUGCAAUCGGGAAUCAAAUUGUGUUGCUCAUGAGCUAGCUAGCUGGGGUGGUGCAAACACUCCAUCCUUGUGGGUGGAUGCACCGCCUGAUUUUAUUGUAAAAUUUCUAGCGGAUGAUGUAAAUUUGAUUGAUCAAUAA